UUCCAUGUAGAACCCUUUACACAGAGGGUUCUACAUGGAACCCAAAAUAGUUCUACCUGGGACCAAAGAGAGUUCUAUCUGGGACCAAAAAGGGUUCUCCUAUGGGUACAGCCGAAUAACCAUUUUGGAACCCUUUUUUCUAAGAGUGUACUGCUUAACACAAAGUAACUUUUGAUGGUAAUUACAGGAAUAGAUCAACUCUACCCUUGAGCAAGCUACUUUAUAGAUCCACUAACCACCAGGAAAUGACUAACUGAAAACAGGAAGCCCCAUACAUGCCUCAGACAUCCAUUAUCCUUUCCCUAAUAGUCACAGUGCAAGGCCACUUUACUGCAACCUUUGUUUGUAUUUUCGUAAUAACAGUCUCUGAAUUCUUAUUACCAUUGGUGGUCAGUUCCCAUUUCAAUCAUUUAAUUUACUAUUCAUAUAGCAACAGAACGUUAAAACAGGGGUGAGAGCUUUUGCAUUCCUACUACAUCAUUGUCAGACUGAUAAAUGACAGACAUUACUUCCAUCCACUCAGCUGACAGCAGGAUCUGUAUCAUCACGAUGAUGAUGAUGCCCUGACAUAAACCAGAUACUAGGAAGCAGGGCAAAUAUUUUCAAGAGUGGUAUAACUUCUAACAAAUUUUUCCUCUCACUAUGAUUGGAUUUGUUGGUAUUUAUUUGUAACUUUAAUUAGGCUACCCUUUGCCUACUUUGAUCUUAAGAGGAGAAGGGCCUCAAUCAAUAGCCUAAUAAUGAUGGAUCAAAUUAAAACAAUACUUUCUUAAUUUUUAGCAGAAUCCUAAAGUUACUAAGCACUUAUUUUCUAUCAACCAUGAUAAGGGAGAUCUUUCAAUGUGAUCUUUCAAGUAAUAACAGUCUCUGAUAUUUAUUUAUUAUUUUAUUUAACCUUUAUUUAACUAGGCAAGUCAGUUAAGAACAAAUUCUUAUUUACAAUGACAGCCUACCAUAUCUUAUUACCAUUGGCAGACAGUUCCCAUUUCAUUUGACUAUUCAUAUAGCAACAGAACAUUAAAACGGGUGAGAGCUUUUACAUUCCUUUUAGAAAGUCCCAUGUAUUUCUAUAAAUAGGCCACACAUAGCUGCAGGAAGUAGGGAUGCGGAGAGUGCUGCAGCACCCCCUGAAAAAUCUGAAUUAAAUCAAAAAAAUUAAGUAGUGCACUGGGCCUUUACUGUAUUACUGUAUACUGUAUUAGCUGACCGAUAUAACCAUCUGUAGCGUGAGCAUGAAACAAUUUCUCAUGUGGCUUCAACUCAGUUUAUGAUAGUUAACCUACAGUCUGAGCAAAGAUAAAUUAGACAAGUCAUCUUCUCAUUGCAGGUCAUUCCCUGGCCUUAUGUCUCUCAGACACUGAUUAAUAGUGAUGUGUUUGCUGCUUGAGUCAAGGUAAAUAACACGUUGAGUCAUGACUUGCACAUCCGCUGCUGCACCCUGGCAGAACACUCACUCUGUCUCAGAGAACAAGGUGGGGUUGAGUUAGGAAACUCUCGGCUCUAGCCAGCUGUCUACUUCACUGAUCUCUUCCCUGAAUACUGGAAACACAUUAUUUGUUAAGUUCCAUAUGUUAAGUAAUGACGUUUUGAAUAUACUUAGGCUCAAUAAAUGUAUAACUCCUAGUCAUAACAUGCCGUGAUUUUUUAUAGCCUGUGAUCUCUGUCAAUGUUGUUAUUAUACUAUUGCAAAGUGGAAAGGAGAGGUACACAUGAGCUGCUGUGUUCCAAGUGUAGGCUGUAUCACAGUCCUCUAUCCCCAGCUGCCUCUGUCCACCUACCCCACCCUCCUCUCAUUCCAAAAAUAUACUCCACACAGCUACGGAAAAUCCCUAUGCACGGCUGCUCCGAAUACGCAGUGGGACAGGACAUCUCUCUUCAUGGAAACUCAUGCAUAAUCUUACUGCCCAAUGUGCUUUGGCCCAAACUGAAUCACAAACCUUUUAGAGAAGUAAGGAAAUUAAAGGAUGUUCCUAAAAUGUAAAUAAAAUAUUAGGAUAAAAGUGUCAAAUACGCAAGAGCACUUUACAAAUGGAUACAAUGUAUCCUGCAGAGAAGCGCGCCAAGAAUAGUUUGAGUGAACAAUUCAGGGCAAAGUAUUACUUUUGAAUAAACUUCAGCAAAGUUGGAUAAGUGUCAUCUGACUCCUUAAAGGUCAUCAUACUGACAGUGGCAUCGUACCAUGGACGGAAUCCAAAGUCUGAAAUGUUAUUGUUUACUGUUGUACGGAUAGGCAGAAAGAAGAUAGAGCUAAGGAACUUUGCAUACUGCCGCAUCAUCAAUGCUUAGCAACCGCUCCCCUUCUCUAUCUGCAGCAUACAGACGCAACAAAUGAUACCACUUGGAGAGUUUAUUGCACUGUCAGUGUAACGUAGCCUAAAAUGUGUUAUGGUGGCUUUAUCUGACAGUUUUAUUUCCCUGGCUGGGCGAAGGACAGCUAUUAUAUACCUGGAUGAAUUGUCGACAGUGUCUUUUUACUCUGGAAUGCACAUUGUGGACUAACAGUUGCAUUUAGGAUAUUUGGCUUUCCUUUUCUGACUAUGUGGAAGUGUUGAAAUGCGCAAGACAGUGGAUUCGGUUCCGCUUAUAAAUACUGUAGUUAAUAAUUACCGUAGUUCCGUGCUACAUGUUUUUUUCUUCAAUGUGUUUAGUUGAUGUUGACAGUUUUAUGUGACUGAACUCAAUGAAACUUCACCUGCGGCUGUCCCUUUUGAAUACGGUCAGCUUGAAGACAACGGUUUUACACACCACGAACUGUCAUUGAACAACCAUCCCGAAAGGAGUUAGAAGAAAGUGGAACUUACUUUUUUAAACUUUGUAAUACCUCAACUAAAUUAUGACUUCGGUUUGGAAAAGAUUACAACGCGUUGGCAAGAAAGCUUCAAAAUUCCAGUUUGUGGCGUCCUAUCAAGAACUUGUGUUGGAAUGCACGAAGAAAUGGCAACCAGAUAAAGUGAGGGUGGUUUGGACCAGAAGAAAUAGGCGUAUGUGCUCCAAGCUUCAUGGAUGGCAGCCGGGCAUCAAGAACCCCUACAGGGGGAUGGUGGUGUGGCCCGUACCUGAAAACGUGGAUAUCUCCGUCACACUCUUCAGGGAUCCACAUUCUGAUGUGUUUGAAGACAAAGACUGGACGUUUGUCAUUGAGAGUGAGACAAAGGGUCAACGUAAGGUGUUGGCUGCAGUGGACGUGAAUAUGAAGAAGUUUGCCAGUGCCACUCCCACUCAGCAAGACCUGACAUUGAAGCUGAAGCCCCUGUCUGUCAAGGUGGUGGAGGCAACUCUGAAGCUCUCCCUGUCCUGUGUGUUUCUCAGAGAGGGGAAAGCCACUGACGAGGACAUGCAGAGUCUGGCCAGUCUGAUGAGUGUCAAACCCACAGACAUCGGUAACCUUGACGACUUCAACGAGAGUGAUGAGGAGGAAGACAGGAGGUCCAGUGCUGGAGCUAGCAUUAGCAAAGCUGCUGCAGCGCCUGUGUCUUUUCUGAGUAGUCUCCCGGGGGCUCUGAGUGGCCUUGCAGUGGACUUGAAGCCUCGGGGUGUUGGCCUCUCUCAACCCCCCUCCGACCCACAGAGAGCUCGUUCAAAUGUCUUCAGACCUCAGAUUGUAUCAACUCAUCAGCGUCCCUCCUCCCCCUCUAUCUUUUCCUCUGCUGCUUCUCCUCAAGGCAAAAACACUGUUACUGCCCUAUCCCAGCCAGACCCACCGCUGCUGAAACCCCAGCUCCCAAAACCUGAGCCAGCCUCAGUCCGGCAGAGGGAGUGGGGGAGGCCCAGGCCUGUGUCAGGCCCCUCUGGCCUGUCCCCCUCCUAUUUCUGUCCCUCUCCCAGAGAUGCCAUGGCCCCUGUCCCCCUGUUGACUAGCCCAGACCUGGAUGCCCUGUGUGACCAUUACUGUCCUCCCCCUUCCAUCCCCUUCCCUAAGUCCUCACCUCCUGUCAAAUGUAUUUUCUCUCACGACCCUCCAACUCCUCACCCUAACACCCACCAUAAACUUGCCCUAGUCGUUGCCCCUCUCUCUGACCCUCUACCCAAGCCUGUCCCUCUGCUUCCUGCUACUGUCCCUGCCUCGGCUGUUCUCACUGCCUUCCAGUCAGAGAUACAGAGGGAGUUGAAGACUCUCACAGAAGAGGAAUACCACAGUCCUACUCUUGGGCCGAAACUGUCAGAGCAGCAAAGGCUGUCUGUCUCCAGUGAGACCGUUCCCCUGGCCCUGAGAGGGAACGAGUCUCCUCGCUCCCGCAGGACCGCUGGCACCAUCAUGAUCGCCAACCAACAAGCCUCUGCUGAGAAAGCUGUGGGGUUGAAAGAUACCAGUACCAUUAAAGGUUCUGGGCAAGAUGGCGACCCAGCAACUGGUGUUCCUGGCCCUAUUCCCACAGAAGUCUCAGCAGAGCUUAUUCCAGCCCUCCCUCCUCCAUGGCCUUUCUCUAGCCCAGAGACAGAAGCACCUGAGAGCACUACCCAUAAAGAGCCUUCUACCAACAUCCUGGGAGCUUUUAGUGCUGAUAACACGCCAUUGGCUGAAAAGAAGCCUGACUUUAAACAGAAAUCCAAUGAGACCAAAGAAGUGCCUUCUCAACCUGCCAAACCAGAGGACACCUCUGCCUCAACCCCGGGUGAAACACCUUUUAGUGCAGACAAGCCGCCAUUGGCUGAGCCUGAGCUCGACCUUGAUGACAUAAUCAUAGAGACGCCUGAUCCGUCAGUCAUGGCCGAUAACUUAUUUUUGGAGGACAAUGCAGAUGAAGAAACAUCAGAAGUGGCCGCAAUAAAGAGGUCGCCAUUCAGCACCUUGAAGACUGAAAUGGAACAUCAGGAUGGAGGUAGUGAACAGGCAGCUGAUCCAGAGUCGACUGGAGUGCCAACAUCAAUAGAGCUCCAUGUAGAGCACGGGCCAGUUGACACAAAGACACUUCCAGAUAUUGGAAACAUCACAUGGGAAGAUGUAGCUGAGAAGCACACCAAAGGCCCAGAGCAGCCCGUUGAUAAGAAGCAGGAGAAACAGAGCCCAGUGCCUGCUUUGACCAACAGGUCAGAUGAAGACAAGGAAAUUAUGAAAAACAUGGCUGCCCUGAAGGCAGGUCCUCCCAGCAAAUACAAGGAAAUUAUGAAAAACAUGGCUGCCCUGAAGGCAGGUCCUCCCAGCACUACAUCCACACCAGCUGAGCCGCCUAGUAUUCCUACUCAAGAGCUCCCUCCUCUGGAGAAAAUGCCAAUCAAAGCAAAAAGGCUGUCAUGGGCUGAGGAGGUUAUGGGCUCCAAAGAGAAUGAUAAGAAACAGAUGGACCAUCAACCCCGGGAUGAGAAGGCCUCAUUAUCACAAGCUGAUGAGCACAAAUCAGCCCCUCUGGAAGUUCAAGUGAACAAGAGUGUAGAGGAGUCACAUAGUUCUGAAUGGAAUGCAGCGAAAGAGGAUGCAGGCGUUUUGGAAGAACACAGAGGAGAUGCUGACUGUGUUCGGAAAGAGCGUUCUUCUGAGCAUGUGUCAUUAAAAGCAGAAAGGUUUCCCUUGUCAGGCAGUGUCAGUGUAGAUAAAACAGUAAAAAUAGAUGUACUAUCAAACAGUAGUAAUUCAAUUUAUAUGGGUAAAACCAUGGAUGCUACUCCAAUAAGCUUAGAGACACCCAAGAUGCCUGAACCCCCUCAAUAUGAAGUCCUUGAACCUAUGAUCCAGUUCAGCUUCACAUUAGACACCAUAGCUGAGGAUGCGAUGGAGAAUGUAGAACUGCCAGAGAUCCUGGCGCAGGCAGAGGUUCCACUCUGGAAGGCCCUGGCGCAGGCAGAGGUUCCCCUCUGGGAGGCCCUGGAGGAGAAAGCUAAGGAUCAGGAACCAGAGCAGGACUCUGGAGAGGUGAUGAUCAAAGACGAAGUCCUCAGGGAGGAACAGGGUGAAGUAGAUGAGAACAUGUUAGUGCCAGACGUGGAAUCACUGGAGACAGGCUCAGACAAAGAUGUUAAGCCAGAAGCUGCUAUUAUCAGAGAUGAGGGUCACAAGCAAAUCAUCUCAGAUGAAUCAGAGCUGCUCCAAAUGCCACCUACCCCAGAGCCCACUGCCCAGUCUUCUGAAUCACUUGUAAAACAGAUGAUUGAAGAGGAAAACAGUAAAGACAGUGAACCAUCAAUAUCACUGUCUACUACACCCCCUCUGGAUCUCCCCGCAAAGGCUGUCGGUAGCUCCACCAUGGAGCGCACAUUGCCGUUAGACACGCUUGUGUCAUUGGAAGCAGACAUUUCUCCAGCUGGAGAGUCAGAUGUUAAGAAGGAAGAGGGGCCACACGAUAUGAAGUGUCCUCCCAGUAGAGAGGCUGUAACUGAGGCAGAAAGGCCUCUGUGGGCUACUUUAGAGGAGGAAACUAAGGAGAAGGGGACAGAGGGAGUAGGCUUGAGCACAUUGGAGCCAACAAAGAGUACCUUGCAAACAGGAUCUGAGACGGCUGAAGGGGGAAAGAAGUCCAGUGACCUGGCUGUCCCAACGAGAUGCUCUAAGAAAGCUGCUCAGACAUCCUCACCAGACAUCACAACCCAGGGGAACAUCCAGCAUCCAGCUACCAGCUCAGGCAGUGAAGACGCACAGUCCAAUGGACAGAACCCAGCAGUUAAGGAGGUCCCCUCUGGUCAAGCAUCAGAUACGGUUGUACCACCUCGACGCAGCAAGAAGAAACUCCUCCCCUCUCCUGGGGUCUUUCAGGAAGUUGCCCCAGAGGCCUCCACUCCCACGGCGGACAAGGACGAAGCCCAUGGGAAGGAUGUGUUAGUCAUCAGCCAUGAGAUGUCUGGUCCUCUGCCCAGUCCUGGUCUUGUGUCCUCCAGCAAGUCUUUACUGGAGUGGUGCCAGGAGGUUACAAAGGGUUAUAAGGGAGUGAAGGUCACCAAUUUUAACACCUCCUGGCGUAAUGGUCUGGCUUUCUGUUCCAUCCUGCACCACUUCUAUCCUGACAAGAUAGAUUUUGAGGCACUGGAACCCAACGAUAUCAAGUUAAACAACAAGAAGGCCUUUGAUGGCUUCGCUGCGCUGGGCAUUUCCCGACUGCUGGAGCCCUCAGACAUGGUGCUGCUCUCUGUGCCAGACCGCCUGAUCGUCAUGACUUACCUGAAUCAGAUCCGCACCCACUUUAUGGGGCAGGAGCUGAGUGUGCUUCAGAUCGAGCACAACAGCAGCCAGUCCAGCUAUGCAGUGACUUUGCGCAGUGAGGGUUCUGAUGUGGAUGCAGCUGCUCGCUUCUGUGCCCGCAAGUUACAGGAAGGUAGCAUCUCCCUGGAGGAGAGCGCUACAGAACAGGCCUCUAAGCCCAAUGGGAGCCUAGUGCCACCCCCUCGUACUAAACGGGUGACAAAAGUGGAAGAGAAGGGAAGCGGAGCUGGGGAUGUGGAUGGGGGAGCGGGAGAGACACAGACCCCCGUGCCUCCACCCAGGUCACACACCUCUGCAGCCAAAUCAGGAUUUGGUCACGUGAGAGACGCCGACCUGGUGAAGAAAAGGCGCUUGCGGCUGAAAAGUGAGUCCAUGGAUGAAGGGGAUGGGCUGGAACAACAGAGUAGCACAUCUAAGAGCAUAGAGUCAGCUGAAAGUGUAUCAGACAGAGAGAUGAAGAACGGCUCCUCAGAAUCCGAGUCAAGGAGCCCAGCACAAGUCCAGGAGUCCAGUGUCCCAAGCCAGGAGGAGGAUACUCUGCGUCUGCAGGACACCAGUCAGUAUGUGCUGAGUGAGCUGCAAGCCCUGGAGACAGAACAGAAGCACAUCGACAACAGAGCAGGCAUCGUGGAGAGGAGACUCAGAAGACUGAUGGAAUCAGGUAGCGACCGUGACGAGGAAGAGAAGCUGAUCCAGGAGUGGUUCACUCUGGUCAACAAGAAGAACGCCCUGAUCAGGAGACAGGACCACCUGGAGCUGCUGCAGGAGGAGCAGGACUUGGAGAAACGAUUUGAGCUGCUGAAUAGAGAACUCAGAGCCAUGAUGGCCAAUGAAGAGUGGCAGAAGACUAACGCUCAGCAGCACCGGGAGGAGCUCCUGCUGCAGGAACUAGUCUCUCUGGUCAACCAGCGGGACGUGCUGGUCAGGGACUUGGACGCCAAGGAGAGAGGUGCCGUUGAGGAGGAUGAGCGUCUGGAGCGGGGGCUGGAGCUUAGACGCAGGAAGUUCAGCAACAAAGACAAGUGUGUGCUGCAGUGAGAGAAGGGACGACAAUGACAAAUAGGGCAGUGCCUUAAAUACCAACCCAUCAAUAUCUAAACCUCCCCAAUCCCUGCUUUAAACCAAGCUCUCAGUCACUCAACAACCUACAAUAUGAAACACUCCUAGACAAACCUGUCACCACAGCAAUAAAUCUUUAACUGGGAUUUUGGGACUGAUCAUUAAUAAAGGAGCUGUGUGCCUUCCCUUUUGGAGAUACUUGAAGAAAACAAUCCCAAUGUAUCUCGAGGUAAGAGACUCUGGGAAGGUCGCCCAUCCAUGAAGUACUUUUGAUUGAGAAAUGAGGACCUUUCCAGUUCAGUCUGUCAAUGUGCCUUACUCUGUCAUUCAAUAGCCAGAAAGCCCACUGUACAGAUGUUUCAUAUACUUUUAGACCACCAUGAAGCUAAGCGGUUCAGACGUAUAGGUCAUAAUGUCUACUUUUACGUCUGUAAACAUCUCACUGAUCUCAUCAACAAUAUAAGAGAACUUUGCCUGAAUGCUUUGGUGGAACUGGCUAUGAAAUGAACGGUCUGGUGGUUAGACACAAAAUAAUCAGGC